CUUUCUCUCUCCCCUUCCGCACUCUGGGGGUUGGGGGGGGAUAUUGCUGCUGGCUCUGGAAUAAAAUGCCGCCUCUGUUUGGGAGACAAAGAACAGUGGCUCCUCCGGGCUGCCCGGCACCCCGAGGAGGCUGCUGAGCCCCGGGCCAUGGUCCCCUCUCGCAGGACGUGGAACCUGGGAGCCACGCCCUCACUGCGGGGCCUGUGGAGAGUGGGCCGGGCCCGGGAGCCCCAGCCGGGGAUGGCUCGCCCCGCCCCAGCCAGCCCGGCUGCCCGCCCUUUCCCACACACCGGCCCAGGGAGGUUGAGAACUGGGCGUGGAAAGGACACCCUGGUGUGCGGUGAUGAGGACUCCGGCGCCCGAGGUGCAGCCCGCCCAGCCCUAGCCCAGUGCCGAGCUCUCAGUGUGGACUGGGCUGGCCCCGGGAGCCCCCACGGGCUCUACCUGACCCUGCAGGUGGAACACCUGAAGGAGAAGCUCAUCAGCCAGGCCCAGGAAGUGAGCCGACUGCGGUCAGAGCUGGGGGGCACCGACCUGGAGAAGCACCGGGACCUGCUGAUGGUGGAGAACGAGCGACUGAGGCAGGAGAUGCGGCGCUGUGAGGCCGAGCUGCAGGAGCUGCGGGCCAAGCCUGCGGGCCCCUGCCUGGGCUGCGAGCACAGCCGGGAGAGCACCCAGCUCCGCGACAAGCUUUCGCAGCUGCAGCUGGAGGUGGCGGAGAGCAAAGGCGUGCUGUCAGAGCUCAACCUGGAGGUGCAGCAGAAGACCAACCGGCUGGCCGAGGUGGAGCUGCGGCUCAAGGACUGCCUGGCCGAGAAGGCGCAGGAGGAGGAGCGGCUCAGCCGACGGCUGCGCGACAGCCACGAGACCAUCGCCAGCCUGAGGGUCCAGUCCCCGCCGGUCAAGUACAUCAUCAAGACGGUGGAGGUGGAGUCGCCCAAGACCAAGCAGGCCCUCAGCGAGUCCCAGGCCCGGAACCAGCACCUGCAGGAGCAGGUGGCCAUGCAGAGGCAGGUGCUGAAGGAGAUGGAGCAGCAGCUUCAGAGCUCGCAUCAGCUGACCACGCAGCUCCGAGCGCAGAUUGCCAUGUACGAGUCGGAGCUGGAGCGGGCACACGGGCAGAUGCUGGAGGAGAUGCAGUCCCUAGAGGAGGACAAGAAUCGGGCCAUCGAGGAGGCCUUCACCCGGGCUCAGGUGGAGAUGAAGGCUGUGCACGAGAACCUGGCAGGCGUCCGGACCAACCUGCUGACGCUGCAGCCAGCGCUGCGGACCCUCACCAACGACUACAACGGGCUCAAGCGGCAGGUGCGCGGCUUCCCGCUGCUUCUGCAGGAGGCCCUACGGAAUGUCAAGGCCGAGAUCGGCCAGGCCAUCGAGGAGGUCAACAACAACAACCAAGAGCUGCUGCGCAAGUACCGCCGGGAGCUGCAGCUGCGCAAGAAGUGCCACAAUGAGCUCGUGCGGCUGAAAGGGAACAUCCGGGUGAUUGCUCGUGUCCGGCCAGUCACCAAAGAGGAUGGGGAAGGACCCGAGGCGACCAGUGCUGUGACCUUCGAUCCUGACGAUGACUCCAUCAUCCACCUAGUACACAAGGGAAAGCCUGUGUCCUUUGAGCUGGACAAGGUCUUCGCUCCCCGCGCCUCACAGCAGGACGUAUUCCAGGAAGUGCAGGCCCUGAUCACCUCCUGCAUCGAUGGCUUCAACGUCUGCAUCUUCGCCUACGGCCAGACGGGUGCUGGCAAGACAUACACGAUGGAGGGCACCCCUGAGAACCCUGGCAUCAACCAGCGGGCCCUGCAGCUGCUGUUCUCCGAGGUGCAAGAGAAGGCGUCCGACUGGGAGUACACCAUCACCGUCAGCGCGGCCGAGAUCUACAACGAGGUCCUCAGGGACCUGCUGGGGAAAGAGCCUCAGGAGAAACUGGAGAUCCGGCUAUGUCCAGACGGCAGCGGGCAGCUGUACGUGCCAGGGCUGACCGAGUUCCAUGUGCAGAGCGUGGAUGACAUCAACAAGGUGUUUGAGUUCGGCCACACCAACCGCACAACGGAGUUCACCAACCUAAACGAGCACAGCUCCCGCUCGCACGCGCUGCUCAUCGUGACGGUGCGCGGCAUAGACUGCAGCACAGGCCUCCGCACCACGGGGAAGCUGAACCUGGUGGACCUGGCAGGCUCAGAGCGCGUGGGCAAGUCGGGGGCUGAGGGCAGCCGGCUGCGGGAGGCGCAGCACAUCAACAAGUCGCUGUCAGCCCUGGGGGAUGUUAUUGCUGCCCUGCGCUCCCGCCAGGGCCAUGUGCCCUUCCGCAACUCCAAGCUCACCUACCUGCUGCAGGACUCGCUGAGUGGGGACAGCAAGACCCUCAUGGUGGUGCAGGUGUCCCCCGUGGAGAAGAACACCAGCGAGACACUCUAUUCCCUCAAGUUUGCUGAGAGGGUGCGCUCUGUGGAGCUGGGCCCCGGGCUGCGUCGGGCAGAGCUCGGGUCCUGGUCGAGUCAGGAGCAUCUAGAGUGGGAGCCGGCUUGCCAGACACCUCAGCCCUCAGCACGGGCCCACUCUGCACCCAGCUCUGGGACCACGAGCCGCCCUGGCUCCAUCCGGAGGAAGCUGCAGCCCUCGGGGAAGUUGAGGCCAGUGCCUGUGUGAUGGUGCGCCCACCCUGCCGGGCCUGGAGCUGGGUCCAGAGGCCCUGCGGAUCUGCUCCUGCUGCAGCACCAGGACUCCAGAAGGGGGAGGUGAGAGGAGACGCCUCUUCUGCCCACCUCCCCUCAGAGAUGAGAAACACGUGCAGAAGGAAUCCAUGUCUUGGCUGUGGCUCGGCGCAAAUGGCGUGGGACGGAAGGGCAGGGAUGGCCCCUCAGGCUGGCAGGCCUGGGCCAUCAGAGCCGGGCCCUCGAGGGAAGGGCAGGAGUAUGUGGGAGGAGGGCCCUCUUGCCCAGGUUGGCCCAGGUCUUCUCCCAAGCCUGCAGGCUGGGCAGCCCCUCCUUAGGGGGUGGGCUGAGGCCUCCAGGCAGGCACAGGACCAUGGGAACUGGGGUGGGUUGGUGGCACCAUGGGCAGCCCUGAUGGCUGCACUCCUCUGAGGUGUCCCGCAGCCGCGAGUGUACCGUGUUCCUAGGUGAACACGGGCGUGCAGCCCUGCUGCCCCGGGGCUGGUCUAUAUUUAUGGCUGGCAGAGGCAGCCAGUGGACAGGGGAUUCUGCUGCCCCCAUCUGCCGGGCACCAGGCUCCCUGCUUGCUCACUGGCCUCUUGACGUUUUCUUCCCUCUGAAAUCCUAUUUAAGAACUUUUGGAAGCUUAGCCAUUUUUAUUCAUUAAAAACCUUUUUACACAAG